AUGAUUGGCUUCUCAGUUCCUAAGGUCAAACAAAACAAGGUGAGGCUGGGUCAGCACAGCCUGGAUGCUGAUGAAGACACUGACCAGGAUGUCCCUGUCCGAAAUUCCACCCCACACCCACUCUACAACAUGAGCCUCCGAAUGCCCACGUUUCUCAGCCCGGAUGCUGACAACAGCCACGACCUGAUGCUGCUUCAGCUGAGGGAGCCAGCCAACACCACAGAGGCUGUGAGGGUGACUGAGGAGCCCACUGAGGAGGCUAAGCUGGGGAGCCGCUGCCUGGCAUCCAGCUGGGGCAGCACCAGGCCAGAUAAGUCUCUAAGUGCAAAGAAGCUGCAGUGUGUGGACCUCAACCUCAUGUCCAGUGAUGUCUGUAAGGACGCCUAUUAACAGAGGGUGACAGAAUUCACACUGUGUGCUGGACACCAAGAAGGUGGCAAAGUCACCUGCAUGGUGAGCAGCCCCAAAACUGAGGUGUUUGCCACAGUCUCUCCUGCUGCAUUACCUCCAAACUACCCUUCUAGUGUCAGAGCUGGCCUUUCCCAGCCCCUGCUCACCCUUGGCUAUGAGAUGUCUAUCCUAGAAAAUGUUCUUGGGAAUGGGGCCAGGAGAUGA